AUGGAAAGAGGAGAAGAAGACGACGAAAGGAGAGAAGCAUCUAUAGCCUCUGCAGAAUCUUUAAGGCCGAAUUUCAAGCCGAAAAGUAGCAUCACUCCAUCCCAGCUCUCUAAGUUCCAAGAAUUGCACAGAAGGCGCUUACAGAUAAAAGCCAGAUCAAAAAUAAAAAAGAAACCUAGAGGUAUAGCUGACAGUGAUGGCAAAUCUCACGAGAAAGACAUCAAUUGUAAGGAAUGCACAUAUGAAAACCUGAGUAAAAGCAUUGUAAAUUCCGGAGUUCUAUCCCUGGAAAACAGUUUGGGACACACUUCCCCUUUGGAAAAAGGAAAAGUAGCAGCAAGCAAGGCAUCAAAAGAGCGCCAGAAGUUGCAUUGGGGGCUUGACACAAAGGAAAGGUGGGAAAGGAAAUCCAAUAUGUAG